AUGACUAUCAAGCAUUUCUCUGUGGAGUACGAUCAGAUAAAUGGAAGAGCACAUUUCUCUCCUGAAGACAAGCUCUCUGGCAGAGUGACCGUGGUGACCAGGAAAGAAACCAAAGUGCAGAGUUUGAUGGUCAAAACCAAAGGAAAAGCCCGGGUCAAAUGGUACGAUCGAGACGGACCAAUCACAACCCUGCACCAAGACAAGAAGAAUUACUUUGACUUUGAGAUGAUUAUUCUUCAGGAUAAACAUAAAGGAGAUGGUUCAGAAAUCAUUGGUCAAGGGAGAAAUGUGUAUCCUUUUACAUUUAUUAUCCCAAAUACAGAUAUGCCUUCAUCAUACGAGGGAAAAUGGGGCAGGAUUAUUUACAGUUUAAAAGCACAACUGACACUGUCAAUCUGGAGCAUCCACAAAACCAAGAUUGAAUUUCCAUUUCUCACCAAAUCUGACUUCCCCUUCGCUUCCAAAUCAGAAAUGAUAAUCAUGGGACUUCAAGAGCAGCAAUCUGCAACAAAAAUGUCAUUUUAUGGAUCUGGAAUGGUUACUUUGAAUGUUACUUCAGAAAAAAUGGGACUGAGGCAAGGUGAAACAAUGCACGUGUCUGUCCAAGUACUCAACAGCUCAACUCAAGCAGUCAUGCCCAAAUUCUACCUUUGUGAGAAACAGACCUUCGUCGCUCAGUCAAAAACGAUUGUGCAUGUAAAUGAGAUCCUCUUUGGGACCGGAGAAUCAGUCCAAGCUCAGAGCAGUGGAACCAUUCAGAAUGUUCUGAGUAUCCCUUCACAGCUCCCCCCGACCUUCUUCAGCUGCUCAAUGAUGAAGCUGGAGCAUACAAUCAAGGUCACUCUUGGUGACCACCUGGCCAGAGAUCCAGACAUCAAACUUCCCCUAAUCGUUCUUUUGGGUUCGUCCAAACCACAUCCCAAAAUAACAACUGCACCGUCCAAGCCCACGUUGAGCAGUGAAGCAAAGAAAUCCUGGUGAAGGUGAAAAAGAAGUUGUAUUUUUUAAAAUAAUUUUGAUUAUUUGUAUGAAUUGUGUGAACUAGGCAUUUAACAUGCACAGAGUGUCUGAAAAGGUGAUGGAGAUGAUAAAACGUAUAAAACAGGGGCAUCCAAAUUGUGGCCACAAAAUAAACUCAUCUCGGAUUAAAAGCUGACGCAAAAGAAAACAUUGUAGCUGGCCCAAAUACCCCCUAAAAUGGAACCUGUAAACCAAAAUGGCUGCCGGAUUUUACUGAUCAUUUCUGUGUCACAAAUACAUGAUU